AUGCUGCUCACUGACUCGUUAGGUUUCAGUGUGGGUCAAGUUCGAGUUAUAUUCUCCUUGCCCCCAAAGUCUUUACAAUUGCUCUUUCCACCCACUGUCAACAUUCCUCCUCACCUCGCAUAUAUCGAAUGGUUCACUCCCUUCCCACCUGCUCUGGACCGAAACAAUGGACUUUAUAAACUGUCAAGAUUGGUAGUGGCUAGUAUCGUGCCAGUGGGUGAUAUCGUGCGCAGUAUCCACCUUAUACCGAAGUUUGGAGACUCGGCUCUGCGAGAAUGGACGAGUGAGACUGUUCUUGAGGACUGUAACACAUUUUGGGUCAACUCAUACAUUGAUAGACAUACUUUUUCAAUAUUCAGAUAA